CUCUGCAGGCUUCCGUAGCGGAGCUGCGGUUUGUUGACAUUCCUCUCAGCUGACUUUCAGCAGAAACAAACCGAGCAGCUUGAUUUAUUUCCGCUCCGGCAUCAUCUGCGGCUCAUAAACAGACUCAUUAUGUGCUGAGAAGAGCAGAAGUUACUCAUGACCCUCAGUUUCUGACGCUUUUCCGUCUUUCAGACGGUCACCGUUAGCCAGCAGCUAACAGGCUAGCUGCAGCGUUAGCCUCAUCUAAACAAACCAUGGAGGGGAUUUUAUACAAGUGGACUAAUUACAUGACAGGCUGGCAGCCCCGCUGGUUUGUCCUGGAGAACGGAGUCAUCUCGUACUACGACAGCGAGGACGACGUCGGCAAAGGCAGCAAAGGAUCCAUCAAGAUGUCUGUGUGUGACAUUAAAGUCCACCCCACGGACUCGACUCGUCUGGAGUUAAUCAUUCCUGGCGAGCAGCAUUUCUACGUGCGAGCUGUGAACGCUGCAGAGAGGCAGAGGUGGCUCGUCGCUCUGGGCUCAUCUAAAGCUGGGACCCUGGAAAGCCACAAACACAGAGGUCCAGACUGUCUGAAGACAAAGAUGUCUGAACUGCGUCUGUACUGUGACCUGCUUGUGCAGCAGGUCCAAACCAUCCAAUCACAGCACACUGUGGAAACAGAGGCCACGCCCACCUCUGAGGCCUCGCUGCUCAGUGCCACCUGUGAGACUUUCAUCAGGACUUUGGAGGAGUGUAUGAGUCUGGCCAACCAGAGUUUGACCCCUGACCUCCGACCCCCUGAAAGGAUGAAGAGGUCCAUCAGCCAUCCUGGAACAUACAGCUUUGACAGGUCAGGUGUACUGAAGGAGUAUAUGAGUGGGGGUCAAAGGUCAGCUCAGCGCAGACACCGAACGUCCUCUGACAGCUCUGUUUACGACACUGAACGUGUGCUGCCCAGUCUGAACGGAGAGUCGUCCUCUAUUCCUGAGGAGAGGGGGGCCAGUGAGAGUCCAAAGACCACACCCACGGACACAGACACUGACCUGUCCAUCUGAUGUCCCCUGGGACCGGGCCGACAAACAGAAGAGCUGGCUGACCUUUGACCUCUGUUAGAACUUUGUUCUGCUGAAGUCAGCUGAUCACCAAAUAAAGGCACUUUGGAGUCCUUUUGGUUCCUUUCAGUGCUUCCUUUGCACACUGGACAGACUGGACCCGUCGUGAACUGGACUGUGAUACUUUGAGCUGCUGGGCAGCCCAUAGAGAUCCACUGAUCUGGACUCAGAGAUUCUGUUCUAGCAGCUGAUUGGAUCCACCAGCUCUGUGAAAAUGAUGAACUGUACAUUUGUAGUUUCUGCUGCUUUAAAAGGACCUGAGAAUGUAAAGACCUUUGGAAUCUGUUUUGUUUCCAAAAAUCCUCACUCAGCCAAACGUUUCCAAAUGAACUCUGACCUCCAUCUUUCUUAGAGGAUAUCCACACAUCAACAUCUAAAUCUGUCCUCUGGUCCUGCUUACCUGCUGAAAACUAAACAACUCCGUCCAUCUGUCAGAUCUGACCUGAAGCACUUUGUUUUUAGACUUUGCAUCAUUUCAUAGAGAACUGUCCUGCUGCUCAAAGGAAAACAUUUCAAACUGACUACUUUUCUACAGCAGCACUGAGUUCUGUGGAGUCAGGAGGAAACUAGAAGUUCACCUGAAGAUCCACAUUUUGGCAGCUAAUAUUCCUGAAGGUCUUCAUCAGAACUUGAAGGUUAAACUGGAGCCAAUCAGCAGGUCAAAUGAAUUUACUCCAUUUAAUAAAUACUGGAGGUGUAAGUACUUAAA